UCUUGACUGUACGCUUGUGCACACUGUAGCCGCUCUCAGACUGCGCGAGCUCAUCCUCCAUCCUCAUUCUUCUCGCGCGCGCUGUGAUUCUAACGUUUCAGUGUUUUAUACCAGGAAAGCGGAACUGAUGUGAGAUCAUCAUCGUCCUCAUCUUCAUCUUGGAGGAAGUAAAAAUCCGCAGGAAAGGGACCCGUGUGUGUGUUUGUGUGUGUGUUCGGGCGGUGAAGAUUCAUGCGCUGUUUCCCUCUGCAUGCGCUCCGGGUGCUGGUCUGGGACUUUCUACUACUACUACUACUACUACUACUACUACUACUACUACACACACACACACACGCCGGACUUAGCAGCGGACCGUGUGUCAUCUUUCCACAGAGAUUCACAACAUCACUUUAAUGAAGACUCAUUAGCUGUAUUUUAAACGGUGCCCCUUUAAAAAAAGUAUGGGGUCACCAUGGAAACCACUUCUUCUGCUGUCUGUCAUCAGCGCUCUGACAGUUUCUGCGAGAUCGGUGGCAGGCCGACCCGUGUCAUAUGCAGCCGUGUUGAGGAUGAAGUCAGAAAGCUCUUCCUCCUCAGUUCUGAGCUCCAGGACGAAGCUGAGGCAGGACCAUGGCUCUGUUGUGCAGGACUGGACUCCAUUCUCCAGACAGAGUCUGUCAGCUCUCAGCUUUCAGGAGGAUCACAGUGAGGAAAGUGAAGAAUUCGGGCCGGUGUUUAUCCAGGAGCCGGACCACGCCGUCAUCUCUCUCGACUCAGACGAUAAGAGAGUUAUACUGAACUGUGAAGCAAAAGGAAAUCCUCCUGUUACAUACAGCUGGAUGAUGAACAGAACCGAUGUGGACACUGAGGCGGACCCACGAUACCGUUUACAUGAUGGGAACUUAAUAAUAAUAAAUGCCAGCCAGGCCACAGAUUUCGGGAAAUACCAGUGCAGAGCCGAGAACAGCAUCGGAGCGAUCCUGAGCCGGGAAGCGUUCCUGCAGUUUGCCUAUCUUAGUGCUUUCAGCAGUCGAGCAAGAGGAGGCGUGUCCGUCAGAGACGGUCAGGGAGUGGUUCUGAUGUGUAUGCCUCCUCCACAUUCUGCUGAGAUUGUCUACAGCUGGGUAUUCAACGAGUUUCCAUCUUUUGUGGCUGAAGACAGUCGACGCUUCAUCUCGCAGCAGACAGGAAACCUGUACAUCUCCAAGGUGCAGCCCUCAGACGUGGGGAGCUACAUCUGUCUGGUGAAGAACAUGGUGACCAAUGCCCGGGUCUUGAGUCCUCCUACACCACUGACACUCCGAACAGAUGGUGUAAUGGAAGAAUAUGAGCCCAAAAUUGAGGUACACUUCCUUCCUACAGUUCUGACAGCUAAAGGAGAGACGGUACGACUCGAGUGUUUUGCUUUGGGAAACCCCAUUCCCACCAUCACAUGGAGGAAGAUCAAUGGGAACAUUCCAAAAAAAGCUCGACUCCGCAAGUCUCAGGCGGUACUCGAGAUCCCCAACAUCCAACUGGACGAUGCUGGAAGUUACGAGUGUAAAGCGGAUAACGUUCGAGGAGGAACGGCCUUCAGGGGACACAUCCAGGUGUACACGGUGCCGCAGUGGAUCAGUCUGAUAAACGACUCUCAGCUGGACAGCGGUGAUCAUUUACACUGGGAGUGUAGAGCAACCGGCAAACCGCGGCCAUCAUACUACUGGUUACGCAACGGAGAACCACUGAUUACACAGAGUCGUGUGCAGGUGGUGAAUGGAGAGUUGAUGAUACAGAAGGUGGAACCGGGAGACUCUGGAAUGUAUCAGUGUGUUGCUGAGAACAAAUAUGGAGCCAUUUACUCCAGCGCUAUGCUACGCAUCCUGGCCUCGGCACCAGUGUUUAGCACUAACACAGCGAGUAUCAUGGCCACCAUGGGGAAAGAUGUUUCUAUGGAGUGCAGACCUCAAGCUUCACCCAAACCCAGGAUAUCCUGGAGAAAAGGAGACAGGAAGCUACAAAACAGCCGCAGAAUUGUGAUUCUGCGCAACAACACGCUGCAUAUCAUUAAUGUGAGUCGUGUGGACGAAGGCAGAUACAUGUGUCGUGCAGAAAACCAGUUCGGCUCAGCUGAGAUGAUCAGAUCACUACUGGUGAAGGAGGCCCUGAAGGUAGACCUGAGCCCGAAGCGUGUGGAGGUGACGGUGGGAGAGAGCAUUGUUCUCAGCUGUAAAGCUUCACACGACCCAUCACUCCACAUCUCCUUCCUCUGGCAGCUCAACAACCAACCGCUGGACAUGCAACAGGACGACGGUCAUUUUGAAUACAUCAGAACACAGUCUUCUAUGAUGGAUCUGAUGAUCAGAAACAUCCUCCUGAUGCAUGCUGGGAAAUAUGGCUGCCGGGUUCAGACGAGUGCUGACACGAUCCUCGCCGAAGCCGAGCUGCUCGUCAGAGGUCCCCCAGGAGCUCCUGGAGUGGUGAUUGUGGAGGAAAUCACUGACACAACAGCUACACUGUCCUGGAGUCAUGGUGUAGACAACCACAGUCCCAUCAGCACCUACAACCUGCAGGCUCGCAGCCCCUUCUCCCUGGGCUGGCAGACCGUCAGAACAGAUCCAGACCCAGUGACUGGAGAUAUGGAGUCUGCUAUUUCGGUGGAGCUUAACCCCUGGGUAGAAUACGAGUUCCGGGUCGUGGCCACCAACGCUAUCGGUACCGGAGACCCCAGUGCACCAUCCAGGCCAAUCCGAACCAAAGAAGCAGUUCCAUCAGUAGCUCCAGCCAACGUCAGUGGAGGGAACGGCCGUAGGCAUGAACUCGUCAUAUCCUGGGAGCCAGUUUCAGAAGAGUUCCAGAAUGGAGAUGGGUUCGGGUACAUCGUGGCCUUUCGUGCUAAUGGGACUCGAGCAUGGAAGGAGAAGAUGGUGACAUCAGCAGACUCCACCACGUAUAAGUACCGGGACGAAACAUUUCCUCCUCUCACACCGUUUGAGGUGAAGGUGGGCGUGUACAACAACAAAGGAGACGGCCCCUUCAGUACAGUGGUCACUGUGUUCUCAGCAGAAGGAGAACCAAGAGAAGCUCCAAGUGAUGUGAAAGCAUCUGCCAUUUCUUCUUCUGAGGUGAAGGUCACAUGGAAAGCACCGACCCCUGGUCCAGGAAGACCUCAGGGAUAUGAGGUGAACUACUGGAGGGAUUCGGAGCAGGAGGAAGCGGUGAAGAGAAAGAGGACGGUGGGAAAUGAGACGUUGAUGUUGAUUUCAGGACUUGAGGGGAACACGCAGUACCACAUCACAGUAAGAGGUUUCAACAGCAUUGGGCUGGGACCUCUGAGCACCUCCAUCCAAACCAGCACCAAGAAAAAACCUCCUAGUCAGGCCCCAGUAAAUGUGGUGUGGAUUCAGGAAGGGAAUAACGUCUCUUUAUCCUGGGAUCCAGUGAAGGCUCUGCACAACGAGUCAGAUGUUAUUGGCUAUAGGGUUUUAUUGCGCCAGGAUGGGCGUGGUCACAGUCAGGUGAUGAGAACCCCAAACACGGCUGCCGUCCUCAUGCUUCCUGAAGGAGGAACUUAUAUUAUUGAAGUGUGUGCCAUCAGUGAAGGAGGUGAGGGAGCUUCCAGCUCUCAAAUCAGAGUCCUCACUUCCUCAGGUGUGAGGGCAAAGAGUCAGCAGUGUUCUGUGCACAAUCUACCUUCAGGCCUCACAUGGACUCUGCUUCUUCUAAACGUUCUGAUGGUGCCUUCUGCCCCAUGGUGAAGCAUCUUUACCAUGGAACUUUGCUCCCUGUCUGGAGAGAAUGGACUCUCCCUGCACUACACAGACUGGCGUGUUGGCCUGAACCAUCUCCGGGAGGUCGGGGUUCGGCCAAGCACAAGUGCUUCUUUAUUCUACCAGGAAUCCAUCCAGUUGUUUGCUAAAGAUUUCUGUUGCAGGUUUUCUUCUCAUUAUCAGUGUCGUAUCGUGCAUCGUGCAGAGAACCUCCUUAUAUUCCACAAACUCCUGAACACUGAUCAGAUCCAGCUUUCCUUGAGCUCUGCGAUCCCUGAGGACUAAGAGACUCCAUCCAACACAUCUCCAUCCCUUUAACACGUGGCUGCCUACACACGUGAAGCCAUUAAAGCUCAGCAAAGAUCAAAGCAUUGUUUCUUAUUCACACGCUAGAAAAGACAGGAACGAGGACAGGAAGAAGACAAAACAAACAAACAACAAAAUGUUUUUAUAGUGCUGAGUCUUUCCAGACUUCCUUUUUGUACAUCAUGUUAACUCUGUGUGUGUGUGUGUGUGUGUGUGUCUGUGUGUGUGUGUGUGUGUGUGUGUGUGUGUGUGUGAGGGUGUGUGUGUGUGUGUGAGUGUGUGUGUG